AUGGCUGCAGGCGCUGCUCUCCCCGGCUUGUUCUUCUGCUUCGCCGCCAUGGUGUUGCUGAUCUUCGUCUCUGUAUCAGCACCAACAUGGAAUGCGGUUAGAUUCCUGUCCGUAUAUGCGCCGGGACACACAACCCGCUUCGGUUGCUUCGGCUACACGGGAACGGACCAUCAUAUCGGUUACUACUUUGACCAAGCAAUCAUCGGGGCUACCGUUCCCAGCCGAUUGAAUGAUCACAUCCUGCACAACCUCACCGAGACCCUCAUCCUACACCCCAUCGCCGCUGGCCUCGCAGGCAUCGCCUUCCUUUUCGGUCUCUGCGGCGCCGGCUACCACCGCGCAGGCACCGUCUUCAUGUCCCUCAUCGCCGCCCUCGCCAUGCUCACCACCCUCGUCGCGUGGGUCCUCGACAUGGUCCUCUUCGGCAUCGCGCGCGACCGCUUCCGCGACGCGGGGGUCAACGCGCAGUUCGGCAACGCGCUCUGGCUCACCCUGGGCGCGCUCGUCUCCUUGUUCAUCGGCUUCGUCCUUGCCGCGUGUGGUGUCUUUGGCCACUACAGGAGACGCAGGACUGCGUACUAA